UCUACCUCUUCUUCUCUAUACCAAUUGUACUUUCUUGUGUCCAUAGCUUUGAUAUUGCGUUGAGCUCGAUAGCUUGCGCAAGUCAUCCAGUCUUAUACCACCUUUAUAUCUUCAAUUCUUCCCUCACGGGCUCUUCAACAUGGUCUAUACCGAUAUUCAUAUGCCUCUCCCUGGCUUCAUUGCCCUGGACUGGACUCUUAUGACAGUGGCCCUAAUCCCCAUCCUCCUCCGCCUCUCUCUCCGCGCUCGCCGUCACGGGCGCCAUUCCCUCUCCAUCAACCUCUCCGACGGCUUCGUCCUCCUAGCAUGGCUCUCCGGCAUCGUCCUCAUCAGCAUCAACACAUGGAAAAACCACCUCCGGGAGCGCUACACCCACGCCCCGCGCUCAUCCAUCUACUACGGCGUGCCCAUAGACCAAGCCGCCCACCUCCUCUACGUCUCCUGGAUCUCCCUCUUCUUCAUCUACAUCUCCCUCUGGGCCUCCAAAGCCGCCUUCCUCGCCUUCUACUACUCCAUCCUCAGCCUACAAGGCCGCACCACGCGCAUCGUGCUAUGGGCCGCGAGCGGCUUCACCCUCGCCACCUUCAUCCUGCACAUGUGCCUCAUCGCGUUCUGGUGCGCGCCGAUCGCCAAGAACUGGAACGUCGACGGCCACUUGUGCUCAGCCGUGCACUCGAUCAACUCGGUCACGGUAUCCACUUUCACGAAUGUCGCGACCGAUCUGGUCAUUCUGAGCAUCCCGAUCUCGACGCUCGUGGGCCUGCAGAUGGGAAGGGCGGAGCGCACGGGGCUGCUCUUCGUGUUUCUCAUGGGCAGCGUGAGUAUUGUGGCUGCGCUGGUGCGGUUUGUCACGCUCAAGCUCGUUGAGCAUGUCCCGCGCGCGGAUAUUACGCAUACGAUUGACGUGUGGGCGCUUGUUGAGAUUGUCUCGUCGCUGCUUGCGGUUUGUCUGCCCAGCUUGCGGACAUUCGUGCGGACGCAUCGGCCGGCGUCGAGGAGCGAGAAGGAUAGCUGGCGCUCGAGAUCCGGGUCGAGGAGCACGCUGAGGGGUGCUGAGGGGGCGAGUUACCGGGGGGAUAGUAUUGUUAGUGGAAAGGAGCAUGUCCGCACAGUGUCGGAGGAGAUCGAGGAGCACUACUUUCGAGACAUCGAGGCCGCUAGUGGACAUCACACGAUCGUAGGAGAUGAGCUGGAUUUCGACGGCCAUGACAGCCCAGGCUCCGAAGACACGACUUCAAAUGUUUUGAGCGUUGGGGAGAUUUCGAGGCCGCCGAACUCACAGCAGACGGGACGGCGGCAGGAGGAGCGGCCGGGAGAGGCAUUUGCUUGAUGAGAUUUAUGUGGGGCGGAGUUGUUUGAAUGUUUGAGCAGCGCGUCACAUUGAUAUUGGAAGGGACCUGCUGCGUUUCAGCGAGGCGUUUGGGGAUGCUUUGGAUGAUUAUUAUACGAGCUCGGCACAACUGCGAUGUAGCUUUAUGACUUUACGAAUCUGAGCUUUUUCAAAGCGGACCUUUUGGAAGCGUGCCUGGUGACGUCUCUCUUUCCUUUCCAACUUCUCAAAUUGGUCAAUCCUGCACGUUAUCAGCGCUAAUGCUGUUUCAACA